AUGGAGAAGGCGCGGCCGCUGUGGGCCAACCCGCUGCAGUUCGUCUUCGCCUGCAUCUCGUACGCUGUGGGCCUGGGCAACGUGUGGCGCUUCCCCUACCUGUGCCAGAUGUACGGCGGAGGCAGCUUCCUGGUGCCCUACGUCAUCAUGCUUAUUGUGGAGGGCAUGCCCCUCCUGUACCUGGAGCUGGCAGUGGGGCAGCGCAUGCGGCAGGGCAGCAUCGGUGCCUGGAGGACCAUCAGCCCCUACCUCGGUGGUGUUGGCCUUGCCAGCGUGGUGGUGUCUUUCUUCCUGUCCACGUACUACAACAUCAUCAACGCCUGGGCCUUCUGGUACCUUUUCCACUCCUUUCAGGAUCCCCUGCCCUGGUCCGUGUGCCCGCUGAACGGCAACCGCACGGGCUACGACGAGGAGUGCGAGAAGGCGUCCUCGACGCAGUACUUCUGGUACCGGAAGACCCUCAACAUCGCGCCAUCCAUCCAGGACAGCGGGGGCAUGCAGUGGGAGCAGGCGCUCUGCCUCAUCCUGGCCUGGCUCGUGGUGUACCUGUGUAUCCUGCGGGGCACCGAGUCCACCGGCAAGGUGGUGUACUUCACGGCGCUGCUGCCUUACUGUGUGCUCAUCAUCUACCUGGUCAGGGGCCUCACGCUCCACGGAGCCACCAACGGCCUGGCAUACAUGUUCACGCCCAAGGUACAGGCUGGAGGGAAGGGGACCUCGGCCCCAACCCUGCCGGCUUUGCAGCUGGAGCAGCUGGCCAACCCCAAGGCCUGGAUCAACGCAGCCACGCAGAUCUUCUUCUCCCUCGGCCUGGGCUUUGGCAGCCUGAUCGCCUUCGCCAGCUACAACCAGCCCUCCACCAACUGCCAGAAACACGCCAUCAUCGUGUCCCUCAUCAACAGCUCGACCUCCAUCUUUGCCAGCAUCGUGACUUUCUCCAUCUACGGCUUCAAGGCCACCUUCAACUACGAGAGCUGCUUGAACAAGGUGAUUCUACUGCUGACCAAUUCUUUUGACCUUGAAGAUGGCUUUCUGACAGCCAGCAACCUGGAGCAGGUGAAGGGCUACCUAGCGUCCGCCUUCCCCGGCAAAUACAGCGAGGUGCUCCCACAAAUGAAAAACUGCAGCUUGGAAUCCGAGCUGGCCACGGCAGUCCAGGGCACUGGCCUGUCCUUCAUUGUCUACACGGAGGCCAUUAAAAACAUGGCGGCCUCCCAGCUGUGGUCGGUGCUCUACUUCUUCAUGUUGCUGAUGCUGGGCAUCGGGAGCAUGCUGGGGAACACAGCAGCCAUCCUCACGCCCCUGACUGACAGCAAGCUCAUCUCCAGCCACCUGCCCAAGGAGGCCAUCUCCGGUCUGGUGUGCCUCGUCAACUGCGCCAUCGGCCUGGUGUUCACCACGGAGGCUGGCAACUACUGGUUCGACAUCUUCAACGACUACGCCGCCACACUGCCCCUGCUGCUCAUCGUCCUGGUGGAGAUCAUCGCCGUGUGUUACGUGUUCGGGCUCAGGAGAUUUGAAAGUGACCUCAAGGCCAUGACCGGCCGCACCCUGAACUGGUACUGGAAGGCCAUGUGGGCCGGCGUGAGCCCACUGCUCAUCAUCAGCCUCUUUGUCUUCUACCUGAGUGACUACAUCCUCACAGGGACCCUGCAGUACCAAGCCUGGGACGCCUCCCAGGGUCAGCUUGUGACCAAGGAUUACCCCCUCUACGCACUGGCCGUCAUCGGGCUGCUAGUGGCCGCCUCCACCAUGUGCAUCCCACUGGUGGCCCUGGGGACCUUCAUUGUGCGCUGCCUCAAGAGGGGAGACACGGCCCCCGUGGCCUGAGGACUGGGCUUCUCAGAGACUGCGGUUUGACCGCUCACUGUUCUGUGGCUGUAUUUACAGGUGGACUCUCCUUGGCUGCCUUUAAAUAUAUUUACUCCAGAAAUACUCAGCCCGUCAUCUUCCUGAGUCCAUCAAGAAGAAUCAGGAGGGUGUGGAGGAAGAAGGCUCCCUCAGGAGGCCCCACACCCCACCCUCGGAGCGGCCCCUGCUCCCCUGUGCCUGCCCCCGAGGUCUUACCGCGCUGCCUCUUGAUGCCAAAGACGUGGGCUUCUCAAGGCCAGUCUUGAAGACCGUUGCUUUCUCGAUUCUAGGGAAGUCCCAGAAUUCAGGCACAGUGUGAGCUGAAAUUUGACUAUAAUUUUUAUGGAAUAAAAUUUAAGCAAUUUUUCCCCCUAAAGAAAUCCCAACAUAUUAGAGGGCAAUUGUUUUUACAUUAGUGUGAAGAGAGGUUUUUUUAAGUGCCCUGAGAGGAGGGAGCUGAAGGUCACUGCUGCAAAAUCAGUUCUCUUUUUUCAGCCAGACUGAAUCCGCAAAGACUGUGUUCUUCAUUAAGUGGACUGGCUGGCCACAAAGAAGGGUGGCCUUUGCGGUCACUCCUGUGACCUGAGGCCUCUCACAUCACAGCGGGUCCAGGACCCAUCAACCCAACCGCAGUAAUGAUACCCGAAGCCCAGGGCAUGAUUCCGUGAGCAGCCCGUGUGGCCGGCCCAGUGCCUUAGGCGGUAGAAGAGGUGCCAGAGCAACUCUGAGCGUGAAAGUCAACCUAACUUUCCCACAGAUGAUGAUGUAUUUGGACAUGGUGGCCAACUAUUUACAGGAAAGACAGCGUCACUUAAAAUCAAUUUUAAAAUAU